UGAUUUCUUGCUAUGUCCAUCUUAUACAUAUUGCAUAUAGAAUUUGUAUCUUCUUGAAGGCUCGGGCGCUGGCAAAUGGCUAGGUAAGACAAGCAAACUCGCCAGUCGCUUCGUUCGCUAGUGCUUACGGGUCAUUUCCCUACAGUUCCACCGAGUGUAACCACGAUACACCAAACAAUGGCCUCGCGGUAUGCCUUGGUAGUUCAGAAGAGAACGAGAAGUAGUGUUCCAAGGAGGAAGACAGGAUGUCAAACAUGCCGCAAAAGAAGGAUAAAGUGCGACGAGAGUAAGCCAAGUUGCGCGAAAUGUCUUCGAUCGGGAUGGAAAUGCGACUACAGUGCUGCAUCGGCCUCACCAACCUCUUCCGAGAGUGACUUUAUCCCAUCUAUGACAUUAGGAUCAUCAGCUCUAUUGCCCAUCGCCAGCUACUCCAUCCCUUUCAAAAUUCCCGGAAGCCAGAAAGACCGGAGACUACUCCACUACUUCUGUGUCCAAGGAUCGAAUGACAUAUCUGGGUUUCUGUCAUCGGACUUCUGGUCUCAAACUGUGCUCCAAGCUGGACAUGAAGAUCUAGUGGUGCGGCAGGCCUUGGUUGCAAUGAGCUCCCUCCACCUGGACUAUACAUCGUCAAGUCCUGACAGAAAAUCAGUAGCCAGUCCCGAGACCUUGAGUCUGUACGGCAAAGCUCUGCGAUCACUGGGGAAGCGAUUAGUUCAAUCAUCAGACGGCACAACAAAAACUGCUUUGGUCUGUUGCAUUUUAUUCUAUUGCUGCGAAAGCACCAUCGGUGACGGCAAUGCCGCACUCCAACAUCUCGGCAAUGGCCUCAAGCUCCUUGUGUCAGCUCAACGCGACCAGACUGCCGACGAAUCUACGGACAUCAAGAGCUUGACAACUAUCUUCGAGCGUCUCGACAUGCAAGCCAGCUUCUUCGAGGACGAUCGGAUACCAAUCCUUGCUUUACCAAAGUACAGAUGUGAAGAGCCACAUCAUGGUACAUUGCCGCUGCGGAAAGGGAUCCUCGGGCUUCAAGAUGCUCAGCAGCGACUGGUUAAACUUCAAGCAUGGUUAUAUCAUUUUGUCAACAAGAACGUCGAAUUCUAUCAGGAAACGAAAGAGUCGCUGAGCCUAGACAUCUUGGAAGAGAGGUCAUCUUUGGAACAGGGUUACAAUGCCUGGAUCGAAGACAUCAACGAAUUCGAGAACAGAGAUCAACACGACGACCAAACCUUGCACGGAAUUCGGACACUUCUGGUUCACUUCUACGUUUGCCGAAUGAUAUUGCAGUCAAAGUUCCCUCAGGAUCACAACGUGUUUGGCGCUUCGCCUAAUCCAAACGCUCAUCACAUACUCGACCUGGCUGAGACCUUGCUCGAGCAUACUAUACAGGUUAACGCCUCUCCCAUUGCUACCAAGUCUCCGCGACGCAAUUUCUCGCUGGAAACGGGAGUCGUGGCUCCACUGUUCGCACUGGCGAUCAAGUGCUCAGACGAUUCGGUGGCUACAAGGGCUGCUCAAAUGCUUGCCUCAUCACACCGAAGGGAGGGUCUGUACGAUGCUCAGACCAUGUCACAUAUCAUUAAUGAACUGAAAAGAUCACGGGAUGGUGUCACACGGGUCAAAGAGGAAAUUGGAGGCGGUAUCGAAGCCGUGAGUCCAUUAGAAUACCAUAUACCUGAGCAGUACGAAGGCGGUGGGAUAGGCAAGCUUCUUUGGUCAAUGAGUCUUUGAGAGUUUUCCGUUCGAGGCCCCUUCAAGCCACGGAAAAGCAGAAUUAGAUAUAAGAUGACGCAAUGAAAUUUACUGACAGAAGCGAACUGUUUCCCAGUCCUGUCGGACUGUAAUCACAAUGGGGUUCCUUGCUGUGCGGCGUGGCUGAAU